GUACCUUUAUCUUAUCAGCCGCUAUCCAGCCCAUUGAUCAAACUCGAACACAAUUAGUCUUGAAUGUAUGAAAUUGAGCUUGUAGGCGCUUGUCUUAUUGGUCGAUGAUUCCCAGGAAUUCGAUCACGUGAACGAAUCGCUACGUACGAUUGGUCGUCCAAUCAAGCUGCAUUACGUGUGCGCCAACGUGGGAUACACCUGCCGACAGCAGUGAUCAAAUCUGACAGUAUUUAUUCGCUGUUUGAUGGGCAUGAAGCGUUCGCCUCUUGUUGUCACGCCGGCGUUUUGACGGAUUCGCCACAACGUCGGGCCAGGCCCUCGCUCAAGUGUCAGCGCCUGUUGUUACAACACAAAUCACAUUUGCGGCGCGUGAAGUGCCAAAUCUGUAAACAAAUGUCAGCUCACCUUCCGCAGCCCGCACAAUGUACUGCAAGUUACACCGAUGCGUCUGCGUAUCUCGGCGUCGCAUACUCCUCGUCUCUGCAGCAUCAAGCUCACCAUAUGGACAACAGUCCGCCACACUUCCCUCACGUCCAGAGGCCUGCCUCGUUAUCGUACCGACAGCAAUUCGUCGCACAGCAGCUGGUAAAAUCGCCGACCGUCUCGAUGCCUGCAAGCGGUGCACAGAGCGAGAUGGAUGGCGACGAGCUGAACAAGUACAAGGAAGCCAUUUAUGCGCAUCCUCUCUUCUCACUUCUGGAGCUUCUCCUACAGAAAUGCGAACUAGCCACGACGACGUGUUCGGAGCAAGGCAAAGACGGCUCGCCCGACUACACGCGUCAAACCGUCAAUGACGAAAUCUCCGCCUUUGCCGAGAAAAUACAGUGUAGUGUUCCCUAUUACUCACCUCGACCCGAUGUCGAUACGUUUAUGGUACAAGCCGUUCAGACUCUGAGGUUUCAUCUCAUGGAAUUGGAAAAGGUUCAUGAGCUGUGCCACAGUUUCUGUGAGAGAUAUGUCAGUUGUUUGAAGGGAAAGAUGCCCAUGGAUCUGGCCAUCAGUAGUGAGAGAGAUUUCAGUACUUUGGCAUCGACAUCGACCACAUUGGCAGCAGAAGAGUCUGCAGUUUCUUCCGAAAGACUGACUGGACAAGAUGAGGCAUCACCCGACUUUCUGACUGACCAACAAAUGUUGGGAUCUGGUACACCAACGACUCCUUCUGAUGGAGGCAUGCAAGAUAGUGGCCCAUUUGAAUUUGGAGGAAUUGUUGUUGAAAGUUCCAGGGCUCUAACAUCAUCUAGCGAAACAGCCUCAGCCUCCGGCAUUACAACCAUGACUGUGGGGCAUGACCAAAGGACAGCAUCAAUAAGUGGAACAGGAAGUGAUAUGAGUCACGAAUGUGCAGAUGAGGUCUUAGCAAAGGACAAAAGCAAGACGAAAAAACGAGGAAUUUUUCCAAAAUCUGCAACCAAUGUUAUGAAAGCAUGGCUCUUCCAACAUUUAGCGCAUCCCUAUCCUUCCGAAGAUCAGAAAAGGCAGUUGUCUCAAGAGACAGGCCUCACUAUUCUGCAAGUGAAUAACUGGUUUAUUAAUGCUCGAAGAAGAAUCGUUCAACCUAUGAUCGAUGCAUCAAAUCGUGCUGGUAAGCCACCUGUUUUAUCAUCAUUGAAAUUACAUGGAGGGAACACUCAUGACCCAGGAAGCCCGUCCGGUAUGUCAAUGACAGGAAUACCUCACUUGCCACCAGCUCACUCUAUAGCCACAUCUCCCUCUAUACCAAUUAAUAGAGAUGAACAGUUCAUGGCUCCUACCAUGAUGCCACAAGCAGCCAUUCCCCACCAUGCUGUAAUGCCCAUGACUAAUCUGCAACCACCACUUAGACAAGACAGUAAUGCUCACCUUCCUCUCACUCAUCUUCCUCCUAUGCAUCCUCAUCUUCCUCCACUGCACCUCCCACAUCAAGGAAUGGUGAGUGGCCAACCAGGUAUGAUACAUGCUGCGAUGUCACCACCUGCAAUGCCACAAGCUGCAUACCCUGGAAUGAUGCCCGAACAUGCCUUGGCUCCCCAGUCGAUGUGUGUGCCAUGUCCUCAAUCUCAACCAAUGCAGCCUCCUGCUUUGGCCAUGAUGCCGCCUCCUCAACAAGCUGUUCCAUUGAACACAAUGAUUUCCCCAACUCAUACUGUCACAGCUCCUUCUGGUGCAUUGGUUCCCUUGCCGGCGAUGCACCAGCUGGGUGCUCAACAUAAUGUCAUUCCUCAAGGCUACCAUGUGGUAGCAUCUUCGCCUCACCUCACCUAUUAUUCCGACCAUGCCACAAUGAUGGUCGAGCAUCCUCAGCAGCAACAGUAACGACAGGUUUGAAGAUCAGAAUUUUUGUUCUAAAGUUGGUGUUAUAACUUUGAAGCUGUAGAUGAGCCAACUGAAAUUUUAAUCGAGAAUUUGCAGACAUCUAACUAUUCAUGAGAAGUUCACUGUUUCUAUUCUUCUUUGUUGCAAAUUAUUUUUGCUAUGAUCCGGGAUUAUCUUGCAAUGUUUUGAAAUCAGAUGGUUAUUUCAGAUUAAUAAUUUGCUUUAAUUAUGUUAAUUAAACAUUUUUCUUUGGCCAACUAUAUUGGGAUGUGGCUUGUGCA